UGUACAGCUAUAGAAAGGGCCGAUGCCCUGCGUUGCAGAAGCAAACCAAUGCAAAGCAAUCCGUUUGAGCUUCACAAAACUAGUACUCCAACAUGUGCUCCUCUCUCAAGUGUGUGUCCGUGUGCUAGUAGCUAGCCUACAGCACCGUUUCUCUCGGGAGGAAUUUCAUAUAUACACACGCGAUUAACACGUACGUACAGUACAGACAUCCUUCAACGACGGUCGAUGAUGGCCGGCGCUCAAGAGCAAGGCCUGAAGCUGCUGGUGCCGCGGAGCGGCGUGAGCAUAUACGCCAUCCGCGUCCAGAUGGCGCUUGCCAUGAAGGGUCUGGCUUACGACUACCUUCCCGAGGACCCCGGGUGCAAGAGCGACCUCCUCCUCGCAUCCAACCCCGUGCACAAGACGCUGCCCGUCCUCAUCCACGCCGGCAGGCCCGUCUGCGAGUCGCUGAUCAUCAUGGAGUACCUUGACGGCGCAUUUCCCGGCGACGGCGCCUCCAUACUCCCCGCCGACCCGUACCGCCGCGCCGUCGCUCGCUUCUGGGCCGCCUAUAUCGACGACAAGAUGUUCCCUUCGUGCAUCGGCAUUCUCAAUACGGCGAAGCAGCAGGAGAGAGCCGACAAGGUGGAGGAGACCUUGGCGGCGUUCGGGCUCCUAGAGACCGCCCUGGUGGAGUCCUCCAAAGAAGGGGAGGCGGAGGCGCUGUUCUUCGGCGGUGUAUCCCUCGGGCUGCUCGACCUCGCGCUCGGGUGCUAUCUUCCCUGGUUCGAAGCGAUAGGCCGCCUCGCUGGCACGCCGCCAUUCCUAGACGCGGCGAGGACACCAAAGUUGGCCGCGUGGGCAGGGCGUUUCAGCGCCGCCGAGCCGGUCAUUGCGCUGCUGACUGCGGUGGACAAGGUGGAGGAGUACAUCACUAAGGUGCUUUAUCCAAAGUGGGAAGUUGCACUAACUGCACCGCCAACUAAUUAGAGAUCGUGUCGUCUCCUUAAUUAGUCGUUACAUACAUUGCAGUUGCGGUGCUUGCCUUCUAAUUAAUUGAGUUGGUGUUUUCACGAGUUGUUGUGCUCGUUGAACUAUUGAUACUUUGUUUUUAGUGUCUCGUCGUCAUCGAUGGUGCGCACGCGUGCACUGUAUUUGAUCUGAGCUGUUGUUUCAUGAAUAAACCGUAGCUUCUUGCUUCUUGCA